AUGAGUGGGAAUCAGUCAGAUGCAGAGUCCGAUUUCUGGGAAGGUGAGGAUGACACAGUCAUAUCAGUAGCCAAAGCUGCUGAGCUCCCAAGCACUCUGGAGCUGGGCAAGGGCCGAAAGGGCCUCCAGAAGGCAUUGCAGCUUCAAGAUGCCGGAGAGUAG